AUGUCGUGGCGUGUUCAGCUCGCCAAUGAGCUGUACUCCUUCACUGCUCAGGUCCUUGAUCUUUGCUUUGAGCUUGGCAUCUUGUUUUCAGUUGAGAAUCCCUUCAGGCUGCAGCUGCAUUGCACCAAUGAUCACCCUCACCUGCCGUGGGGCCGCCUUGGCGACAAUUCCUUCGCCACUGCUGCUGAGGUCGCCUACCCUCCGUUGCUUUGCAGGUUGAUGGCUUUGUCCUUUACAGAGCAGCUUGUGCAACUUGGCGCUACUCCUGCCUCUGCUGACUUGGCCGGCCAGCAUCCCGCCACAUCUUUGGCGGCGCGGGCAUCCGUCAAUGUUCAGCCGCGCGGCAAGAGCCUCAAGCCUUUGGUGUCAGAAUACGCUUCCAUCGUCGCGUUGCAGGGGCUGGCAUCUGCCAUGCCGCCCUCGGGGAGCAAGCUCUCCACUGCCUUUGCCAUCCCUCCCGACCUUAAGGUUUCCCCACCCGUGUCUGUGUUGCCCCCAGGGUCCAAAUGCAUUCGCGCCUUUUCUUCAGGGGGCACUGGUGGCGCUUCUGCAGUGCCUGAUCAGGUGAUGCAAGUUCACUUCUUGACCCCUCCGUUUCGAGUGCUCUCAAAGGGUCCUCUGAUGCAGGAGAUCUGUGAAGAAAGAUCCUACGGGAUACCUUGGACGCCGGAGCAGUUUGUUGAGAAAGCUUGCCACGCAAAACAUCCUCGCGAACUGUUGCAAUGCAUUCCUCAGGCCUUGAAAGAGUCCAUUGAUCAUCAGGUUCAAUCGUCCCAAGCAGACUUGGCCAAAGAGCGAACUGAGUGCAUGAGGAAGUGGGUCUUGCGUGCCAAGGAGCUUCGCGAAGCUGGCGAAGACCUGCCCAUGAAUCAAAGGUGUCGGAAAAUUUUGGGUUCGAAAUCUUUGAAACUCUUUGAGGAGAUGCUUCUUGAAUCUGGGUAUGGUGACUGUCAAUUGGCACGCAACAUAGCUACAGGCUUUGAGCUUCUGGGCACCAUGCCAUCUUCGGGUGUCAUGCCCAAGAAAACAGUUGUGGCCACCGUAGGCAUCGACCAGCUUCGUGAGGUAGCGCAUUUGAACCAGAAAGCCACAUGGGCUUCGGUUGCAGCUUCGGGCUCGACACCAGACCCAAAUGGCGUCUUGAGCGAAAUCUACAAGCUGACUCAGGAGGAAUGCGCCAAAGGUUGGAUGAAGGGGCCGUUCACUCUUGACGAUAUCCCGCGAGAUGCCGCCUUGACUCCGCGCUUCGGGGUAGUUCAGUCUUCGUACGAUGCCAAGCUGGGCUCCGUUUCUAAAGUCCGCCCUAUCGACAACUUCACUGCCAGCUUGGCUAACUUGACGAACAGUGGUGACGAGACCAUCAUGCCGCAAGGCGUCGACAUGGUGGUGGCAGCCAUGAUCUAUCGCGUCAGAGCGAUGAAGCGUCUCGGCAAGGAUCCAGACUUGCGUGCCAGCCUUGUCAGUGUUUGCAACACCGAAGCGCGGAAGAGAAGUUUGAGUGAGAUGAUUACGAACAUCAUCCAGAACGGGGGCGCUACUGCUCGUGAGUUCGAGAGCCUUCGAGGUCGUCUCAUCUUCGCUGAGGGCCAGAUCUUCGGCAGGGGUGCCAACCUUCGAAUGAAGGUCCUCUCUCGUGCUUGUAGGAAGGCUGGGUUUGUGAAGGUUGUUGACGAUCUCCUUGAGGCGCUGCUUUUCCUGAGAGAUCGAGUGGUCUUGGAUGAGCCGCGCAAGGUGUCCGCUUCGAAGCGCAUGUGCUAUCAUCUUUACACCGAUGCAUCUCUUGAAGGCGGUGUGUCAGGCCUGGGAGGGAUUCUUUACAACACUUCUCAGCUUGUCGUCUGCUGGUACGCUGAGCAAGUUGGUAAAGAUUUGUUGUCUUCUAUCAACGUGGAAGACAAAGAAGGUUUCAUUUACGAAAUGGAAGUGUGCGCUGCAGUUCAAGGUGUCUGUAGGCUGUGCUGCAAACUUCGUUCUGCCGACAUUGUCCUGUUUUGUGACAAUGAAGCGGCCUUGGCAGCUUUGAUCAGCGGCAAGUCUGACUCUUCUCUUGUGAACGCACAGCUUGCUGAGCUGAGCCACUUGGAAGAUGCUAACAACUUGAACCUUUGGUUCGAACGCGUACCGAGCGCAUCAAAUCCAGCCGAUAACCCAUCGCGGAUGGUGCUUGACAAACUUUCUGCAUCUUCGCGUGUCAGGUGGUCUCCGGAGAUUCUUACUUGA